AUGACUAAAGCCCCCGAGGUGACAAGCGUCAUGGAUCUAGACGAUGUUGAGACCAGCAACCCCGACUGGAAGUUGCAACUUGACAUUGCCCACUUCGAGCUCCUUGUCCCUGACGAUACCCGCUAUGGUGUCAAGCCUGGAAGAUCCUUGGAAGACAAGCAGGCUGACAGAGUGGAAGGCAAGAUCCUUUCGGAGCGCAAAAGAAUCGAGAGUCGACUAGGUCCACGCACACAAGCAGAGCAGCGCAUCAUCGACACGGCGGAACUCAUCAUCAUUCGUCGACAAGACAUUCACCUUGCCCAGCGCCGGGAGCGACGUCUCGAGAACCCCUCCAAGUACUAUGUCCUGAGCGAGUAUCCCGACAACAACCCUCUGAAGCGCCCUGUCUGGCGAGGCCUCUAUGAUACGAAACUGAGGCCCGUCAAAUACUACAUGGGCCACAAGCCAGGCGACUUCAUAUUUCGAUAUUACCAUUUGCCCUGCCUGCCGCUCCGUGACCCACGGAGAUGGGUCUAUGAAGGUCAGGUACCGCACAUGCUGUACGAGUACAAGGCCAGAAUGUUCAGAAAAUACUCCCGGAUAUCCUCGAGGCGCUGCUCAGUGCCAUGA